GCUGAUUGUCAAUCAGAUGUUAGUAAACGUUUACAAUCGUAUACAAUUUCGCGCGUGUAAAAUUGUAUAAGUAACUUAAAAAAUAAGUUUUUAUUGAAUUUCCUGCUGUUUUAAUAAAAAACCCUCAAUAUGUCGUAUAUGUUACCACAUUUACACAAUGGCUGGCAAGUAGACCAAGCCAUAUUAUCCGAGGAAGAUCGCGUAGUAGUUAUACGCUUUGGACACGAUUGGGAUCCCGCGUGCAUGAAAAUGGACGAAGUAAUGUACAGCAUAGCGGAGAAAGUGAAAAACUUCGCUGUAAUUUACCUGGUGGACAUUACAGAGGUGCCCGAUUUCAAUAAGAUGUAUGAAUUGUACGAUCCCUGCACAGUCAUGUUUUUCUUCCGCAACAAACAUAUCAUGAUUGAUUUGGGCACUGGUAAUAACAACAAAAUCAAUUGGCCACUUGAGGAUAAGCAGGAAAUGAUCGAUAUCGUGGAGACUGUGUAUCGUGGUGCACGUAAAGGUCGUGGUCUAGUCGUAUCACCAAAAGACUAUUCAACCAAAUAUAGAUAUUAAAUUG